AUUUUGUUGUAAUGGCGGUAUAAUCGCCCUCAAAGGUCCAACUUUGUGAGGGAAUAAAUGACCUUUUUGUCCCGAUUCCUCAAAGAUAACGUCACAACGCGAAGAAGCCUCAUAUGAUCAUAUCAAAGAAAUGCGCUGUUUCAAAAAGCAGUUUUUUCAGUACAAUCUCCCUCACCAAUCGCUCUUCAAGGCCUCAGAGUUAAGACUUUUUCUCAAAGAUGGCAAGCCGAGUAACUCGGUCAAGAAGACAACCAACUCAGCAGGUGGAACAACAGUCAAGGGCUAGAUGGACCGCAUCUCUCACCAAGACACUUGCAGACUUAAUGAUUGCCCAAGUUCAAAAAGGGAACAGACGCAAAAAUUCUUUUGGCAAGAAAGCAUGGAGGUAUAUGUGUGAUGAAUUCUAUAAGAAAACAGGUCUGCAAUGGGACAAGGAGCAAUUGAAGAACCGAUAUGCAGUCUUGAGGAGGCAGUAUGUUACUGUAAGGUCACUUCUCGAUCAAAGUGACUUCAGUUGGGAUGAAUCCACGGGGACCAUUAUAGCCAAGGAUGAAGCAUGGACUGAAUACUUCAAGGGACAUCCUGAUGCUGAGACUUUAAAAUAUGCUGGCUGCCCAAUAUACAAAGAGCUAUGCAUGAUAUUCUCGGAACCAGCAACCAAUGGCAAACACGAUCUAUUAGCUGAACAUGAUGGAGGGACAACUCCUUCUGUUCCUUGUGCAGAGCCCUUGAGCAUGCACCAAGAGGAGUCCUCAUCAGAUUCCGACGAAGUGGAUGACAUUGCAGAUGAUCACAACACUACUCAACCUACUACUCCUUGUACAACUGGAAAUCGCAAAAGAGGUCGUAGGGGAAUUGAUGAUGCCAUUGCAGGAGCUAUAAUGGAGAUGGCAGCUGCUUCAAAGCUAAGGACAGCUGCUAUACAGCAAUGUAAUGCCCGAUAUUCCAUAGGCGAUUGUAUCAAUGAAUUGGAUGAGAUGCAAGGUGUUGAUGAACAGGUUUAUUUUGCUGCUCUAGAUCUAUUCAACAAACCUAAUGCAAGGGAGAUUUUCUUGUCUCUCAAGGGUGACAAGCGCUUGAUUUGGUUGCGUGGCAAGUGUGCCACUUAUCCAGCACCUUAGGUUGAUAGAAGAAACAAUCUGUAUUUGGUCGGUUCUCUGUUUUAUAUCUGUAUUUGACUUGUAUAUAUUUUAGUUCAGUUUUAAUGCUAGGCAUUCUAAACCAA